AUGUUAGAUGAACUUCAUAGACAAGAACGUGAAGAGCUAGAGAACAAGCUUGAAGCAAAAGACAAAAACAUACAGAAAAGAAUACCACGUUCGGUACCAAAAGGAAAGGAAAAGAACUAUAAGUAUAUGAUUUACACUGAAGAGAUGGAAAAUGAAGAAGACAGAGAUAUGGUUAUGUUGCAUUUAGUCAGAAGAAACAACAAAAGCUUUUACGACUUAGCUAAGAUUUACAAAUCUGACAGAAAUUGGUUCUAUCGCGAAAACUUACCGAUUUCAAUGACACCAAAUGAAGAUGUUAAACAGAUAGUUCAAGAUACGUUACCUCAAACACACUAUGAUAUGAAAGGUUGUACAAUACUUACAUUCAAAGAAGAUUUGCCGCUACUGAAAGAAAAAAUAACAGAGUAUUUCGAUAACUUCAAAGAGGAAGAGUAA